UCUCUGCAUCAUCUCUCUGUCUCUCUCUCACAAUUGUAUCCAUGGAAAGCAGAAAACUACAUGCGGCUAUACUCUCCAGCCCCGGCAUGGGUCACCUUGUCCCAGUCCUCGAGCUCGGCAAGCACCUCGCCACCAAUCAUGGCUUAGAAGUCACCAUUCUCGUCGUCGCCACCCAUUCCUCACCUGCAGAAUCCCAACUUCUCGAUCCCUCCACCGCCCCGAAACACCUCCAUAUUCUCCGACUCCCGCCAGUAGACAUCUCCAGCGUAGUUAACCCCGACAUCAAGGUUGUCUCACAGCUCGCCAUCAUAAUGCGUGAGGCUCGACCAGCCAUCCGGUCCGUUCUCUCCUCCAUGAAGCAACGCCCGGCCAUGUUCAUAGUCGAUCUCUUUGGAAAUGAAGCUUUCGGGAUUGCCGACGAGUUUCACAUGUCCAAGUACCUAUUCGUGACAUCCACUGCAUGGUUCACCGCUCUAACGUUGUACUGUCAUGUGCUUGAUAAGGAGGUUGAGGGUCAGUACGCUGAUCACAAAGAACCACUGAGACUUCCGGGUUGCAAGCCGGUUCGACCGGAAGACGUCGUCGACCCAAUGCUGGACCGGAAUUGUCAACAGUAUUAUGAGUACCUGCGCGUAGGGUUCGAAUAUUCGAUGUGUGAUGGGAUCUUGAUAAACACUUGGGAAGAUCUGGAGCGUAUAUCAAUCAAAGCCCUACAAGCGGAUGAAACCUUACGAUCUGUUGUUAAGGUGCCGGUUUAUCCUGUCGGUCCAUUAACAAAGCCGCUUGAACCGGCUGGUCCAAAGAGUGAGUUGUUGGAGUGGCUCGACAAGCAACCCAGUGAGUCAGUGAUAUAUGUCUCGUUCGGGAGUGGCGGGACGUUGUCGGCUGAACAAACCACUGAGCUGGCUUGGGGUUUGGAGCUGAGCCGGCAGAGAUUUGUUUGGGUUCUACGCCCACCCAAAGAAGACCAUGCAGACGCAUCCUUUUUCACGUCAGGGAGCGGCCCAGAUGGCACCCCAGAGUUCCUGCCUGAUGGAUUCUUGACCCGGACCCACAAGGCUGGGGUGGUGGUUCCACUUUGGGGUCCACAAUUGGAGAUACUGAGCCAUCCAUCAGUGGGGGGAUUUUUAUCACAUUGUGGGUGGAACUCGACUUUGGAGAGUCUAAGCAAUGGUGUGCCAAUGAUUGCAUGGCCACUCUAUGCCGAGCAAAGAUUGAAUGCAACCAUGCUGGCGGAGGAGCUCGGAGUCGCCGUCAAGUCGAAGGUGUUGCCAACGAAGAAGGUGGUGAGGAGGGAAGAGAUAGAGGAGAUGGUGAGAACUGUAAUGGAGUCCAAGCAUGGGAGGAAGGAGAUGAGGGAGAGAGCGAAGGAACUGCAAAAAAGUGGCAAGAAUGCGCUGAGCAAAGGUGGGUCGUCUUACAAGUCAAUAUGCGACGUGAUUAAAGAAUGUGAGCUGAGACUUCGGUCUCACAAAAUUUAAGAGCAUUUCCAUGUCCAUCCUAAUAAAUAAAUUUAUUGUGUAAUAAGUCUUAUAAUAAUUAA